AUGAUGAAAGGAGACUAUAGUCGCUCAAUCAGCUGUCACGAGUCGUCAAUUGCACUGCUACAAGAUAUCAUUGACAGAAUAGCUGAAGAGUCGCUGAUCAACCACUUCAACACGCUCAAUUCACUUACAACCCUCAAGUCGCAGAUAGUAAAACGAAUAGAUCAGCUCAAACUGGUUCAAAAGUCCAAGGAAUAUAAUCAACAGCGGGAAAAAACUCCGGUUAAGGAAAAGGAGCUCUGCGAGGAACCCGAUAACCAGAUGCUAAUCGAGCAUAUAAAAUUGCUUAUGGUCAAGGACCUCAAUUUCGAUCUGUCCUCCAACAAAGUGAAGUUCAUUGAACAAGACAAGAUUAACAAGCUUGAACACGAUUUGCAACUCAUCAACUUCAAGGAAAAAUCCUCAAAGCAGCAGGGAAUAGAGGAACUGAAGGCCAAAAAUAGCGUUCUUACAGAACUGAAUUUAGUGUAUUAUAGUGAAUUGAUGGCUAAUCACGAGUUUAUCAGAGAUCUAUUGGAAUUACUGAAAAAUGGUCCCUCACAACAAUCUGGGGAUCAGUAUGAGCAACUCAAAAACGUGAUUGACCAGCUACAGCAAAAAAUUGCUACACAGGAACGCGACAGAAUUGUCCUAGAAAACCAGAUAAUCAAAUUGAAAGAACGAUGGAAUAACCUCGUUGAGAGCGCCCGCAAACGAAAAGAGCUAGAAUUACAACAACGUGAAGCAUGA